GACGAAAGGGCUGAUAGAGAAAGGCCCAUGCACACCUUCUUCAUCUGGAGAAUCUUGGAACUUCAAUGUCCAUGGAUCAGAUAGGAUACAAAUCUUUGGAUGCCCCUCUCUCUUAUCUCCUGCAUAUCAAUUUGUACAUAUAAAUAUCAGAAAUUCAGAAAAUACAUUCAAUUGACAUCAACAGUGACGAAUAAAGACAAACAGUUGCAUCAACUGCUAUCUUCACAAGCCAAAACCUUUUUCCCCUUUCCCAACUUACACCUAACAUUAGCAAUCAGCCUUAAUCUACCCCAUUUUUCUUCUGUUUACCAUUUUUUUGUCUAUCCACUUUUCCUUACGGCCUCUUUCUUCCGCUGAUUUCUGAGCCAAUUGCAUAUAUUUCGGUCAAUCUCAUCUCUCAUUCUUCAAUUCCCGUGUUUUCCUCUGCGGAAUCGGAAUGAGCCUCGAGAAGAAAGAUUCGGAACAAGUGGAACAAUGUCGAGCGGAAAGCAAAGUGUGGGAGGAGUAGUGAAAGCGGAGGUUAAAGUUACGGCUGUAAAGUAUCCGUUUUGGUUUGGAGGUAGUGCAAGCUGUUUUGCAGCUUGUGUUACUCAUCCAUUGGAUCUUGUUAAGGUCCGGUUACAGACUCGAUCCGGCAAUGCGCCCAAUACUAUGGUUGGCACAUUCGUGCACGUCUUAAAGCACAAUGGUUUCGUUGGACUUUAUUCGGGACUUAGCGCUUCCCUUCUGCGCCAAAUAACAUACAGUACUACUCGAUUUGGCAUCUACGAAAAACUCAAGACGAAUCUCACAUCAGGAAGCCAACCUCCCUCUUUCCCCAUUCUUAUCGCCAUGGCCUCCACUUCAGGGUUCAUUGGUGGAAUCGUAGGAAAUCCAGCCGAUGUUCUGAAUGUGCGAAUGCAGCACGAUGCUGCGUUACCAAUCGAGCAGAGAAGAAACUAUAAGAAUGCUGUCGAUGGAUUAAUACGCAUGACGAAAGAAGAAGGGUGGAAAGCUUUGUAUCGCGGAGUCUGGCCGAAUAGCAUGCGAGCUGUCUUAAUGACUGCUUCUCAAUUGGCCUCUUAUGACAGCUUCAAACAGCUACUCAUUAGGCAUACACCAAUGGAAGAUGGGCUCUCGACACAUUUUACUGCUUCCUUAAUGGCGGGUUUCGUGGCUACUACAGUUUGCAGUCCAGUAGAUGUGAUCAAGACAAGAAUUAUGAGUAGUCAUGAAAGUAAGGGAUUGGCGAAACUCUUGACGGAUGUAUAUAAAGUAGAAGGUGUCGGAUGGAUGUUUAGGGGCUGGGUGCCAAGUUUUAUUCGUUUGGGACCACAAACCAUCGCAACAUUCCUUUUCCUCGAACAACAUAAGAAGAUAUAUCGAUCUCUACAAGGAAUCGCAGAGCCCGAAGCCACGAUUGUCUAAACGAAAUUUUCCCAGGAGGUUAUUACUAGAAGAACGACCACAAAUAUACCUAGUUCAAUGUUGGACAUUGACUUGCACAGCAACGGUAAUUAAGGGGAUGUUAUCAAGCUUCUGAAUAUGGGCAUGUAUCACUAACCCACCUACCCUUGAAAUUAUGGUUUAAGAAUCAACCUAAUCCUCACAAUCUCAUAUCACGAAGCCCCUAGAUAGACACUUCUAUUUUUUCUUCGACACCUGUAUACACAUUCACCGAACCUACAUACACUCCUCGGUAGAUAUACCCACCUAGACAUAGACACCUACGGACAAAAUUUUCGGCGUUGGUGGAUAGCGAUAUGAGUACACAUAGACUGCUUUAUAGACCGGGUUGGAUAUAAUAGAUGCAUGGCUGCUCAUAGAAUAGAUUCUAGAUUUAAUGCACACGCGCAUACUUAAUGAAUGACGUCUAACAUUUUUCUCCCGUUCUGUUUUCUGCCUA